AUGCUGAGAGCGACCGACGGUGUCUUUACGAUGGACAUCAAACAGAUAUUGUUAUCAUUGACUCUGUUUGUCUCUGUGGCAGAUUCAAGGGGUCGACGAAUCAAUAUUUAUGGGGCUGAAAAUGGGCACAGUGACAUUGUGCAAUUACGGGGAAACAGUGGAGCUCAACAAGUUUAUAGUUCUCCAAUACGAGAAAAACGACCUAAAUUUCGAAACGCACUGUUAUCCAACUCCCCUUUGAAAUGGAGUAAAAUGCAAGAUUCCGAUGGAAACUACUUAAUUCCAUUCGUGAUUUCUGGAAGCUAUGAUUCGGUGGAACAAAAAAUCAUCAAAACUGCAAUGGAAAAGAUAGCGGCGAACACUUGUAUUCGAUUAAUUCCCCGAACGAAUCAACCGGAUUAUGCUGAAAUCCUAAACAAAAAGGGUCAAGGAUGCUACGCGAGUAUCGGUCGGUUCCCUGGGAAAAAUGUGGUGAUGCUGGAGAGCAAUGAUGAUCAAUCAUGUAUUCAAGAAGAUACAGUAAUCCACGAAUUAUUCCAUGUGAUUGGUCUUUGGCACGAGCACAUGAGAGCGGAUAGAGAUGCAUUUAUUAAUGUUCUUUAUAAGAAUAUUGAGCAAGCUCAAUAUCCACAAUUUGAAAAGUUGUCCUCAAGGGAUGCAACUACUUAUAAUGUUCCGUAUGACUAUAAAUCAGUUAUGCAUUACGAUGAAACGGCGUUUGCGAAGCCAGGAAAAAUUAGUAUGAUGACGAAGGAUUCUAGUUUCCAGAAAGUGAUUGGGCAUCCACGAGACGCCUCUUCCAACGACUACAAAAAAGUAUGUGCCAUCUACCACUGCUCUAAAUGCAUGAAUCAAAAUUUCGAUCAAUUGGUUAUCAGUGAUAAUAUUGAUCUUCGAAAUCCAGUCAUUACAAAUUCUCCAUCUCUACAAGGAGACUCAUCAGAUUGUACGGAUCGACUGGGAAUUUGCCCGAUGCUGAAAUCAAGAGAAAUGCUAAAUUGCAAAGUGAUGUCAACAUUCUGUUGCUUGUCUUGCUCUGCCCCAAUUACAACAACUACACCGUCUUCUAAAUCAUCAGACACUUCUCUAUGGCAGAGGAUAAAAUCGAUUUUUCAGUGA